AUGAAGUAUUUGUGUGCUUAUGCAUUAGCUUGGCUGAGUGGAAAGACUAUUACUAUUAAGAUUUAUAACGCUUUACGUCCCUUACGGGGUAGGCAUCCCAGACCUUUCCGCCAUCUCUUCCAUGUAUCGGGCCCACAGGCUGCUGGGACAACCUUUCUUGAUCUCCAGGACACGCUUGGAGCAGUGUUGCCAGCUUCGACAGCGGCUGAGUGGAAAGACACAACCAAAAGCUUCUGAUUUAGCAGAUAUCAUCAACGCCAUUGGAGGAGAUUUCGACACAAGCCGAGCUGAAUCUCUUUGUGAUCUAUUGGCAGAAAGAGACUUAACCCAAGUCAUUAAAGCUGGUAUUCCAAAACUCCAAGCUUUUGCUGGCGCCGCCGCAGCUAGCAGUGCUCCAGUCACAACUACAGAAGGUGCAAAGGAAGAAAAAGCAGACGAGAAGAAGGAAGAGAAGAAAGAAAAGGAAGAAGUCGAGGAUAUUGAGGGCGCAAUGGACUUGUUCGGAGGUGAUGAAUGGUAA